AUGGCAACGAACAACAUGAACAACCUCACAACUCUUAUCAAGCGCCUCGAAGCUGCUACAGCUAGACUUGAAGACAUCGCUACCUCGACCAUUGAGCUUCCUCAAGCCGUCCCUUCCCUCAACCAAUCUGUUGCAUCGCCGCCUACUGUCGCCAAUGCCUCGCCUCCCCCGCCCCCACCGCCACAAGCUGUCGCUGCGCCCCAGGCGCCCCCCGAGCCGGUCCCGGAGUCUGUCGAGGAGUUUGACCAGUUCAUAGCUACUUCGGUUGAAAAAUAUGUCAAAAUUAGCCAGCAACUGGGAGGUCUCAUUGCUGACCAGGCCGCCAAGGUAUUGCAGGGUUUCCAAGCCCAGCGCAACUUCCUACUCAUCACUACCAAGGCCAAGAAGCCUGACCUGAACGGUGCUGAGAUGGCCGUAUACCAAGACCUCCUUAAACCCAUCAACGAAGCUCUCGUCGCUGUUAGCAACAUCAAGGAGUCCAACCGAGGAUCGGCUGUCUUUAGCCAGCUGAGCGCUGUUGCCGAGGGCAUCAUGGUUCUCGCAUGGGUUACCGUCGAUAACCGUCCCUACAAGCACGUCGAGGACUCACUGGGCUCUGCGCAGUUUUUCGGCAACAGGGUGUUGAAAGAGCAAAAAGACAAGGAUGUGCAGCAAACUGAAUGGGUCCAAGCUUUCUACCAAGUUUUCCGCGAUCUGACCGACUAUGUCAAGCAACACUUCCCCAACGGCAUACCCUGGAACCCUAAGGGAGAGCCUGCUCAGGAAGUCGCCAAGUCUCUGUCCGCUUCUGCUGCUGCCGCUUCCGCCCCUCCUGCCCCCCCCCUUCUGUUGGAAGAAACGCCAGGCGGAAAGGGUGGGUUGGGCGCUGUCUUUUCCGAGCUGAACAAGGGCGAAGCUGUUACAAAGGGCCUUCGCAAGGUUGACAGAUCGGAAAUGACGCAUAAGAACCCGUCCCUUCGAGCAGGUUCGACAGUAUCUGAGCGAGAGGGCUCGGUGCGUGGCAAGAGCCCUGCUCCGGGCAAGAAGCCCAAGCCGGAAAGCAUGCGCGUCAAGAAGCCGCCAAAGAAGGUGCUCGAGGGCAAUAAGUGGACUAUCGAAAACUUUGAAAAGGAGCCUCAGCCUAUCGAGAUCGACGCAUCCAUCUCCCACUCUGUUCUGAUCAGCAAGUGUAGCAACUCCACCAUCAUUGUCAAGGGCAAGGCAAAUGCUGUCACCAUUGAGAAUUCGAGCCGCCUGUCGCUGAUUGUGGAGUCUCUGGUGUCCACGGUGGACGUCAUCAAGUCUCAGAACUUUGCGUUGCAGGUUUUGGGGGCUGUACCGGCUGUAUUGAUGGAUUCGAUUGACGGCGCUCAAGUUUACUUUAGCAAAGAGAGUACGACGACCAAGAUUUUCUCGAGCAAGUCCUCCGGCAUCAACCUCAACAUUAUUUCAGGGGAAGACGACGACUACAAGGAAGUGCCCCUGCCAUCGCAAAUCUGCUCCUACUACGAUGAAAGCAAGGGCGACCUCAUUAACGAGAUUGUCAGUCACUCUGGAUGA